AUGGCCAAGCACGGCGCGCAGGACGCGGAAGAAGCGAAGCUCGAGCGGGAGCUCAGCGGCGACGUAAAGCAGGCAAGUUCUGAUUAUGUGCGGGAGCCAUUUUCUACGCUGGACCUGAGCGAUGCGACCGCGCGUGGCCUCAAAGAGAUGGGAUUUCAAACCAUGACAGAAGUGCAAGCGCGGUGUAUUCCGCCGCUGCUCGCAGGCAAAGAUGUGCUGGGUGCAGCGCAGACUGGGAGUGGCAAGACACUUGCCUUUUUGAUUCCUGUUGUCGAUAUGCUGUACAGGCUGAAAUUCAAGCCGCGGAACGGCACAGGCGCCAUUGUCAUUUCUCCCACGCGCGAGCUUGCACUGCAGAUCUUUGGCGUGGCCAAGGAGCUCAUGGAACACCACAGUCAGACGCUUGGUAUUGUGAUGGGCGGAGCGAACCGCAAGGCGGAGGCGGACAAGCUGCAAAAGGGUGUGAAUCUGAUCAUCGCCACACCCGGCCGGCUCUUGGACCACUUGCAAAACACCAAAGGGUUCGUCUUUUCCAAUCUCAAGACGCUCGUGAUCGACGAGGCGGACCGAAUUUUGGAAAUUGGUUUCGAGGAUGAGAUGCGGCAGAUUGUGCAACUGCUCCCGGAAACUAGGCAAACGAUGCUGUUUUCCGCAACGCAAACGACCAAGGUCCAGGAUCUUGCGCGCGUAUCGCUCCGGCCCGGGCCACUUUAUAUCAACGUGCACGAACAGCUUGCCGCAUCCACCGUGUCCAAGCUGGAGCAGGGCUAUGUCGUGUGUGACAGCGACAAACGAUUCUUGCUGCUCUUUACCUUCCUCAAACGCAACGCGGGAAAAAAGUGUAUCGUGUUCAUGAGCAGCUGCAACAGUGUCAAGUAUCACGCAGAGCUGCUCAACUACAUCGACGUGCCUGUGCUGGAUCUGCACGGGAAACAAAAGCAGCAAAAGCGCAGCACGACUUUUUUCGAGUUCUGCAACGCCAAAAGUGGCACGCUGAUUUGCACGGAUGUUGCCGCGCGCGGUUUGGACAUCCCUGCGGUCGACUGGAUUAUCCAAUUUGAUCCGCCCGACGAUCCGCGCGAUUAUAUUCAUCGUGUGGGGCGCACUGCGCGUGGCGGUCAAAGCGGCCGCUCCCUGCUGUUCUUGCUCCCUAGCGAGCUUGGGUUUUUGCGCUUUCUCAAGGUUGCCAAAGUGCCCCUCAACGAGUAUACGUUCCCGUCCAACAAGAUUGCCAAUGUGCAAAACCAGCUUGAAAAGCUCAUUGCAAAGAACUACUACUUGCACCAGUCUGCAAAAGAAGGGUAUCGCUCCUACAUUCAGGCCUACGGAUCCUACUCUUUAAAGCGUAUUUUCGAUAUCAAUGCACUUGACUUGGCCAAGGUGGCAAAGGCAUUUGGCUUUGCUGUCCCGCCGAAGGUGAAUGUGACUAUCGGCACGGGCCUCAAGAGCAGCACGCCAAAGAAGCACCACGGGGCGGAGGAAGACGAGGAGGAAAUCAAUACCAAACGCCAUCGUGUGGACCGUCGCUCGCACGGAGACCAACACAAGGCAUACAAGUACCGCAAGAGCGAGAAACAGCGCGAGGCGAGCAGCAGCGGCACACAGUGGAGUCGGUAG